CAGUUGUCCAUAGAGUAGGAUGUAUAGUUGUCAUUGUCAAAUUAGAUUUGUUUUGGAGGUUAUGUUAUUAUUUAUUGAAUUCGAAAAUUAAAAUUUACCUCCUUAAGUUUUUAAAUUCAAUAAAUUAGAAUUUCCGCUCUAAUUUACCGUUAAGUAAAAUGUCAAAGUCCGUAGCUCGGUUAAAAUCGAUGAAGAAAGUGGCGGACAAAAUAGACCAUUCCUCGAAGUUGAGAACCGAUAUUCCCGCUGGAAUGGCUGCGCCUGGACCACCACUUGGUCCUAUGCUUGGUCAGCGCAACAUCAAUGUAGCAGCCUUCUGCAAGGAUUUUAAUGAACGCACAGCAAACAUUAAACCUGGCAUACCACUGCCGACCCGUGUUAAAGUUAACCCAGAUAGGUCUUACCAACUGAUCAUACAUCAACCUCCUGCGUCAUACUUCUUGAAACAAGCUGCUGGAAUCAACAGAGGCGCCAUGGAACCAGUAAGAGAAACCAGUGGCAAAAUAACACUGAAGCACCUCUAUGAAAUAGCCAAAAUAAAGUCUCAAGACCCAACCUUGGAAUGGAAACCCUUGAAAGAGAUCUGCACAAUGCUCAUAGCAACAGCCAGAACUUGUGGUAUUGAAGUUGUGAAGGAACUUGAUCCAAACGAGUAUGGUGAAUUUCUCAACCAAAGGAAAGCUACUGUGGAGGAACAGAAGAAAUUACUACAAGAGAAGAGAGAAGCUAAAAUGUUACGAACUGCCUAAUUUUAUUACAAUGUACCUAUUUAGAUUAGAUGUAAAUAAAUUAUAGUUAAAAUAC